UCAAGACAGUCCCAUUCCCUCAGGCAACGCGAUCGCCAGUGACCCUAAGGCGCUCCCAACGUUUCUUCAAGCAAAACGUUAGCUCAGGUUCCCUACAUCGCCCACUUGCUCAAUUUCAGUGCCAUCUGUGAUGUCUUACUACGAGAAACGUCUUUAGCUGAGUGCAAGUGACCUGCCGUGUGCGAGAAGUGAAGUAAAGUGCGUGUUGGUUGUUGCGCGAGUCGACCUACACACUACUUAACUCCCUGCGCGCCUACUGCUCUUUUUAAUGCAGAUUAUCUUACGCCUGUGGAGGAUGUUUGUGUAAUCCAUAGCUUGCCGUGAGUAAAUAACUUUUGAAUAGGUUGUUCAUGAACAUUAGUUGUGUAGUUUUUGGAUAUGAACAAUUUUAUGUGAUAAUUUUCGGCAACUGAACAUAGCACAAUUCAACGCUUCAAAGUGUAAUCAGUGAAGAAAUAAUUGCUACUGGUUUAUUUUUUGAACAUAUUUUAGAAUCGCAUGGUGAACAUCAAGUGAAUUUUUUAGAGGGAAUUAAAAAGAAACUACCGUCACUAUGCCUGGUGAAGUGUCCCCUCAGAGCGGCGACAGCAGCAGCCCUGCUGCAUCCCUCGCGCAGCAGGCCGUCGUGUUGGCCAUUCGUCGGCAACAGCAAUUUUUGCUGGAGCGUCAGCACUACGAGCAGCAGGAGCUGCAGCACCAGAGCGAACUGCAGCAGCACCUACAGUUGCAGCAAAAGGAACAACUGGACAACGCUCUGGAAGAACAGGAGCAUCAGCGACAGCAGCAGCAGCAGCAUCGCGGGCUGAGGCUUCACCUGCGUGAAAGUCUCGAUGACGACUCCCCGCCAGCGCUCUCGUCACCAUCGUCGUCCUUGCCGCCCCUGCCUCUACCACCUUUAUCAUCGCAGUCGUCUUCAACGUCGCCUUCGUCGGUGGCUGUUAUCACUCCACCAACGUCUGGAGUCAUCCUCGCGACCACGUCUGCCCUGGGUGAGCCUGUGUUCACCGUCAUCCACGACUCGCCUAUGAUCACAAAUGACGUGGAUGACACCUCGCUAGAUGACGUCACGGACGAUGUCGUCGACCCUAACGGCGAUGAUGACGAGGAGCGGGUGGGGGGCCACCAACACUCCCUGGGCCCCAUCACCAGCAUAGGGGGGGUGGGGGGCACUGCUGUCUCCACCUUCGCCUCCGCCCCCCGCAUCCACACCCCCACUUCAGACUUCCAGCCCCCCUACUUCCCACCCCCCUACCUCGCCACUGAAAAUCAGAUGCCCCAAAAUCAUCAUCCGAGUGCGGACCCUUACCAGCUACACUCGCUGCCCGCCAACUACACGACGUACACCGCCACGGCGCUACAGAACAGACACGACGUCCAGAGACGCGACGACUCGCUGCAUGUCGUCAGCACUGCUACGGGCCAGGUCGGUCUGUACGACCGCAACUAUGGCACCGUGGACCGCGCCGGGGCCGUGCUCAUGGGGACCCGACACGAGGAUCUCCUGCUGGCCAACUCACUCCACCCUCACUCCAUCGAGGACCAGCCUAUAGAUCCUAGACGCCAAACUGUGGAAGAGCAGACUGGUGUUGGGACUGGUGGAGGUGGUGGAGGUGAUGGUGGUGGUGGUGGUGGUGGAAACAUAAUGGGAGCUACCAGAGGAUAUCGCCGAGUGGAGUCGGCAAGAUCGUGGGAUGCUGUGCUUGCGGGCAUUGUUGAAUCCGAAGGCACCUUUACCGGAGACAUUUUUAAGCACGACAGUUUUGGCCUGAAGAGCGAGAAAGGCAUGGGGCUGAACGCGAUGCCGAGCGGCAACGACGUCUUCUGUUCGGUGCCGGGUCGCCUGUCGCUGCUGUCCUCGACGUCCAAGUACAAAGUGACCGUGGCGGAGGUACAGCGUCGUCUCGCGCCUCCUGAGUGCCUCAACGCGUCGCUGCUGGGCGGUGUCCUUAGGAGAGCAAAGAGCAAGAACGGCGGCAGAAUUUUACGGGACAAACUCGACAAAAUUGGCUUAAAUUUACCAGCUGGACGGAGGAAGGCUGCCAACGUAACGCUACUAACUUCACUUGUCGAAGGCGAAGCAAUACACAUGGCGCGUGACUUUGGCUACGUUUGUGAGACGGAGUUCCCGGCUAGACAAAUUGCUGAGUAUCUCUGCCGGCAGCACAUGGAUCCUAUUGACCCGUACAGGAGGAAGGAACUUAUAAUCAACACAAAAACUAUCACUAAGGAAUUGAUGGACCUGUUGAAUCAAGAUCGAUCGCCUCUCUGCAAUACCCGGCCACAGAUCAUCCUAGAUCAUUCGAUCCAGCGGCACUUGACUCACUUUUCCCUCAUGACACAUGGCUUCGGGUCUCCGGCUAUUGUGGCAGCACUUACUGCCAUUCAGAAUUUCCUGACGGAGUCUUUGAAGUACCUUGAGAAGAAUUACCCUUCAACAAACAACCACCUGACAGUCUCCCAAUCUUUAGACAUCAAGAACAAAGACAUGGAGAAGAAAUAGCAGUGGCCUGAGCACUGCUACAAUGUGCCCGCCUGAAAAAUAAUUAUUGUUUUCUUUAGAUCAUAUUUACAAACUUUAUCUCUUGGUCAGACGUAGUUCCAAAUUAAGGAUUUAUUAUCAUUUUGAAAAUUCCGAUUUUGAAUUGUUUCAGAGUAUAUCGAUAAUAUAAUAGCAAGGAAUAUCGGAAUAUAUCAACAAAACUCGUUUACAAUCAGUUCACGAGGAUGCGCCUGAACUUGAACUUUAUUUUACUGAAGCCAACCAAUUUCGAAAAUUGUUAGCUUAAAUGAAAGGCCUUACCAAAAAAUUUUGCGAAUAAUGUCCUUUGCGGCAAGGCUCGAUCGGAUCAACAUUAUAUGCAAACACUCAAUUCAAGUACGGUUGUGAAUUUGUUGUGGUAUAUAUAGUUACUUGACAGUAUUUCACUGAUAUGUUACGGUACCGAAACCCAUUACAAUUUGGUUGUUUUCUUUAUUUGACUAUUAUGCCAGAUAAGCGGAAUUUUUAGUACAGGGGAAUUUUAGAUAUUAAGUUGACUGUUUUGCUAGUAAGUCUUCCUAAAUUAAAUCUGGUAAUUUUUUAUUAACUUAGCCAACUUGACAGUUGGUCAGGUAAACUCUUUAUAUGGCCGAGUACAUCACUGGGACUAAAUAAAUCAUCAACCACUGUAAAAGACCGCUGUGACUUUUAAUCGAUUUUAUAGAAGAGAUAUUUAAUUAACCAAAAUGUACGCAAUAAUUUCCCAGUAUAAUAUUUAUUUAAUAUUUGUCAUUGAAAUCAUCUGCAUAGAUGUCGAGCUAGAAAAUGGGUUUGCCUCUUCCUCUUAUCUUGUAGUAUUGCUACUCAGGAGUCACAUGAACAAAACGUUGCUCAAAAUGUUCGACCAGCAAAGGUCAGAUAUCAAUGAUGUUUACGCAAGUGCGCCAGACAGAUAUUUUGCUCGAUGGCUCUAACACGAACUAGAUUCUCCAUCGCGGGCGAUGUCGGUUUGAUUUUUCCGACCAACAAACCUAAGCCCAUUAUUGUUAAUACGUUACGAUGUUUUUUCUUUUGUGUAUAUUUCGGUCUGAAUUCUCAAUUAUCGAAUGUUCUCUUUAACGUUGUUUUAAUGUGGAUGAUAAUCAUCUCUUGUUACGCAUCACUUCAUCCUUUAGUGUAGACGUUAAAAUAAGCUAGGUUUGAUGUGACCGCAUCUCGAGUUGUUCCUUUGCUCUCUAUGAAGUCGGUCGCUCCAUUGUCAUUCACCCAUUGUAAAUAUGAUCCAUUACUUUCAUGUUGAGUGUAGGCAUAUCAGCAUGGGUUAAUUGAUGAACAUUUUUGCUGCCAUGAACGCACCUAUUGUUUAGAAUCGUGUUUUAUGAGUCGGCUAUCCAUCCAUUCACCAAAUUCUUUACUAUGUAAAGAAGCUCGCCGAAUCAAAUCGGUGUUCCCUACAAAUGACGUCGGUUGUUCUCGCUUGCAUAGUCCUCAGGCAGUGGAAAAUUCAUAACAUUUAUUUUAUUAGUGUUGUUCUAUGUGGGGUCUAGGAAAUUUUGGAACAAAUUAAUCUUGAUUCCAAAAUUUCUUGCAUAGCGAAAAAAUCUCAGCCUAACUUGCAGGUAAACUCCAUGUUUCAGACGUUAUUGACACCAAGCUCCAAGGAGUAUUUUGCAGUGCAGUUGAUUUUAUUACUGAAAACUCAUGAAUUUAUUUUAACUUUAAACGAUCAAUGAAUUCUAAAACCAAGUCAAUGUCAGAGAUCGUGAUAACAAGCCACAUUUACACCUCAUAAAUGUCCCAUAAUGAUUUGAGAUGAUACGGUAUUCAGCUCUAAAAUCAUUUCAUUUCGAAACUAUAUCGUGAAGACAUCAGUAAGUAGGUAAAUAGGCUACUCGCUUGUAUCUCGUCUAGCGACCCUGAUGUAUUUGCAGCGCAUCUACUGCGCUCGCAAAUAAUAGCAAUCCACACAUUAUCGAGCGGCACGUAAAAGACAAUAUAAUAAUUGCUUGGAAAAUCCUUCUUUCCGUUGUUUGCCUUCUCACGUUGGAACGGAAUAAUCUGUAUUAUCUGAAUAUAUUUGGAAUUGUAUUUCAUCCAGCGAUAUUAUUUUGGUUAGUUAUAAGGCGAUAAAGAACUUAUUUCGUCGAUAUCAUCUUAAUCGACUACAUUUAAAUGUUGAGUCUUGCGUGUCAAAGAGAUUAAGAAUGUAUCCGUAUUUUUCACAUCAUUGCGCCUGUAGCAGCCAUCAUUAAACCUGCCAAUAUUUGAUACGCAGCCAUGCCCGUGAUGCCUGUCUCUCUCAAGUUGUGCUAUGUUUUGCCAUAAUAAGUUUAGAGCGUUUUUUGGUGAUGAAAAUGCUCAAUUCUUGACGUUAGCUAACACUCCUCGGCCUAAGUUGAUCUGACUUUGUCACGGUUGUUUCGAUAUUGCACAUCAUUUGAAACGAUGCCAAAUGCACGUAGAAUUAGCAAAUGUUGUAACAUAUUCAGACGUGCCAAGAUUUCUAUGAAUAUUUCAAAAGAUAUUAAAUGAUGAUUCUCGAUUUUAAAUGCACUUUUUUCCGCUGUAUGCGAGAAUUUGAAGACGCUUAGAAAUAAGAAGGAAGGAUUCUUUCAAUUUCAAUCGAAAAUGAUUCCACCUUUGCGACUCAAUUAGGAAUUUAUCAAAUUUAGCAAGACUUACGACGCGUACGAAUCUAGCAAUAUUGUGCAAUAUGCCGUGAAGUUAGGAUUCAGAGCAAGACGAAAUGUGCAACCUAAAUGGAUGUUAACGACAUAUCAGCGAAGUGCAUAUCAUUUUAUACUUCUUUUCGCAAAAAUGAUCACCAUAUAUAUAUGCUAUACCAGUUUUAAUUUUCAUUCGAAUGGCCCUCUCGGUUUGCUUUUCCUAAGUUGCUCUCUGUGUAUUAAGGACAUUUUUUACGUGCAAUUUAAUAAAAGUAAAUUCGUCAAGUUUUUAGCGUCUAACUUGACUUUCCAUUGUAAAUAUUUAUUUUUCUUACUGUUAUUGCUAUCCAUAAUGUUUUUGUCUUAAUUUAUUCAUGUUCUUCGAUGGUUGUCACGCCCAAUGCAUUUUUUUUAACUUGAGGUCUAAAAUUUUAAUCCACUGCUAUGAUGGGAAGAGCUCUCUCUUCAUAUUUUCCCAUUUAAUUCUGAUUACUUAUUUCUUCUUUUAUAUUUCGAUGGCAUUUUGUGCAGACUAAGACUUGGUAAUAUACCCUGGUUUCUUCUUAACUCACACGAGCUGUUGUGUUAAGCAAUAAGAUACUCGGCACACGUUUGUUGCGUGCUACGAUCUAUUCUUGUUGCCUGCUCACUUAUUGAUGUCAUAAGCUAUUUCUAAUUUGUACAGGCAUUGGAGAAAAGACAAGAGUGAAAUGACACCUGUUGAUUUGUUCUAUUGUGCGGGUAAUUUUUCUUUGUAAAUUUAUACAUCUCUGCAUAUGUGACGUACUAUACGUGAGCGUGCGUAAAUUUUUUGAGGUCGUGAAACCAUUUCAACAUUCAGCGGAACGAUUCAAAUUAAAAUACCGUAUUUACCAAUAAUUGUGAUGCUUAUGUCCGGCGUUCAUGCUGGCUUUCAUUGCGGUCUCAGUUUGAUCAUCAUUAACUUUUAGAAGUAAUUCUCUCUGCCGACUAAUUACAUGAGACAAACAUAAAAUAUUUAGCGCCUUUAAAAAUUUACAAUAUUUGUUACUAAAACUCCAAGAAGAAGGUUUCAUUGUGAUGUGGCCUAAUAUUAUUAGUAAUGCCAUCACAAUUUCCAUUACCUACAAAUAAUUAUAACAUUUAAACAAUACAAAAAUUUUCUCUAUUUUCGAUAUUGUGAGCUGAAAGUUGUUGUACUCAGAAUGCAGAAUGCCAUAUGUAGACUAUCCAAUAAAUUUCACGACUGAA